AUGAUUGAUUGUCACUGUCAUUUGGCUGACGAACAAUUCACCGAGGAUAUUGCCGAGGUGGUGGAACGAGCCCAACGUAACGGUGUCAGGUCGGCCAUUGUAUGUACCGAGUAUCGGGAUCAAUUCGACGCGGUCCUGGCGCUUUCCACGCAAUUCCCGUCGUUCUGUUUUGCUGCCUUUGGUAUACACCCGGUACAGCGCAAUAAUAUUUCGGCUCGACGUGAAGAUGCGACUUCAGUCCCCGAGUAUAUCGAGGAACACAAGGAUCGAAUUGUUGCAUUGGGAGAAGUUGGUUUGGACUAUACACCUAGGUAUAUGAACACAUCGGAUGCAAAAGAAGAGCAAGCAUUUGUACUGAAACAGCAUAUUGAUCUCUCAGGAAAAUAUGACUUGCCACUAAAUGUACAUAGUCGAUCUGCAGGGCGACCAACGAUUGAAGUUCUACGUCAGAAUGGUGCUACACAUGUUUUGUUGCAUGCCUUCAGCGGUAACGUGAAAAAUGCUAGGCCGGCAAUCGAAGCUGGUUAUUAUUUCUCCAUACCUCCGUCAUUUACACUAUCAAAAGAGGUUAGUUUCAUUUUUUCAGCUUAUCUGUGCACGUACUUUUUACGAAUAAUAGCUUAUCGUUUGGACGAUUAG